AUGGCAGAAGCAAUCAUAUUCAAAGAUACACCUCUUGGAAAUUAUCUUGAAGGCAAUAUAGAUGUUGGUCAUGGAGAUGAAACAGAAAAUAAACUAAAGACAAUAUUUCGUUCAUAUUAUACAUUUCAACAACAACAACGUAAUAAAAAAAAAGAGAAUAUGCGGUUAGAAAUGAAGUUUUUUUCAGAUAAAUCUCAAGUAUUGUUUUUUAAUUUGUAUUCUUUAUUUUCAGCUUUUUUAAAAACAUGUCUUUCAGAUACGGAGAAGUCAAUGUUUCUUGAGCGAUUCCGUUAUAUUAUUUGUACUUCUCAACUUUUAAACGAAAAUAUAUCGCCGUCACUUUAUCAUUCUCAACAAUCAUCUAUAAAUUGUAAAAAAAAAGAUAGUUUGUUGUUAAAAAAAAUGAUUUAUCAUGUUAAGCAUUGGGCUGUUUCAAGUGGUUGCAUUGUUGCAUUAGCAUUUGGCAUAAAAUGGAGUUUUAAAAAGGAUGUUCAACAGAUUAGCAAAAAAAUUCGAUAUUUUUCUGUAUUUUUUAGUUGUAUUGUUGGAUCAUUACUAUUUUACGUCUAUUAUUCGAGGAUUUAUUUUAAGAAUAUUCAAAAACAAGCUAUAUUUUUUAUGAAACGUUUUGUUGAUACGUCUCAGCGUUUCGAUAUUACUGUUAACAAAACACUUGCUUUAAUUCAAGAAGUAGAGCUUGUAUCCCGCGGCUAUUUGUUGUCAUUGCCUUUACCACCUAUUACAAAAAUUGAAACGAAUUCUCAAGAUCGACGUUGCAAGAUGUUACGCUUGUUGCUUUCUACACUUCUAUCUCAAAUACUUUCUUCUUAUAAUUAUUCUUUUUCUUUACUUCGAACAUUUUAUUCAAAACGCGAGUUUGACACAUUACAAAUAAUGUAUAACUUACCACAUUCUCAAGAUUUCGAUUCUCUUCCAUCAUAUUUUCAAGGGGAUGAUUCUAAUGGAUUACCUUAUUUGAAGGCUCUUUUUUAUACAAUACAUGAAAAACGGCGUCAAUGCCUAGUAUCACUUUUAUCAAUGCCUGUUUCAAGUCUCGAAAAUAUAUCAUCUUGGAAAGCUGUUAUUGGCCAAUUAAAAAGCUUAUCUUGUAUGAUGGAUAAUUUUCAUGACGAAAUUGAAAAAACUUUUGAAAAUAAUGAGCGAAUAUUAGAACUAUCUAUACCAAAAGCUAAAGUACACGAAAAAAGCAUUGAAUGGAAUAAUCAUGCACGAAAUAUCAAUAUGCUUUUUCAAAUUUUACGUAGAUUUCAAGCAAAAUUAUAUAUUUUAAAAGAAGAAAGUAAUUGUUUAAUACAAGAUGACUUUAAUAUAAAUAUUAAAAACGAACUUUUACGUUAUUAUGAUUCUCUUAAAGAUGAUUUAAAGAUAUUAAUGGAGAAAUGGGAAUCUGGACGAGAUUAUUUAUCAAAAAUACCUAUUAAAUCUGAUAUGUUAGCGCAAGAUAAUAUACAUUCUGACUUACAAGUAUCGGAUGAUUCAGACUUUGGGAUUCAUGAUUCUGAUGAAUCGGACUCUAAUAAGUCAUUGGAUGAAAUUAAAAAUGUUAAAGCUCUUUCUGAAAUUACAAAUGAUUGGGAUGUAUCAACAUCAAAUCCACAAUAUUUAUCAUCAGAAGGAGCUUUUUUGAAUGCUAAUGAAAAAGAAGUUAUUUUUGAAGCAGUUUCAGAUAAGUCUGAAUUAGCUCCGCGAUUACAAAAGUUAAAUAAAACAGAAAAAAUUAGGAAAGUAAAAAAAGAUAAACAUUCGAAAAUGAAAAAAGAUAAAGAGUUAGGAAUAAAAGUGGUUUCAGAACUUAAAGAUGUAUUGGAAAAAAGACGAAUAAAAAUUUCAAAUAAUGAAAAUUAA